AUGCCGUGUUUUCAAAGUCAUAGGCCGACACUUGUUGGCUUGGCAAGAAGAAACAUAGCUAUAGACUCGGUGGCACGUAAGCUAUGCGAUGAAGGAGAUGAGAAUAGUGGUCAUCUUUUCUCAUCUUGCUUUAUCGCUUUGUCUAUUUUGGAGUUUAUUAGUCGAUGGUGCGGUAUGCCGAGUGUCUUUGCUUUUUCGGUUAAAGACGUCAUCAUGGCACAUAAGAAUGUCUAUGGGGAUAAAAAGAAAAAUAAGGCGAUUCAGGCGAUUGUGUUUACGGCUAUGUGGUGCCUAUGGAAAUCUAGGAACGAACUCAUCUUUGCCAACAAAAGUGUGAACGUGGCAAAAAUAAAAGAAGAUAGCAAGGCGUUGGGCUAUUUGUGGAUUAGAAAUAGAUCUACGUAUAAGACUAUUAUGUGCAAGGAUUGGUGUUGUACUUUAUGCUUUAUUGGUGUGUUCUGCAUUAGAGUGUUGUAUGCUAAUGGUACAAGUCCUACAACAACUUAUAGUUAUGUUUUACAUGGUUAA